UUUUUGUUCUUUAUUAGCUGUCUGCAGCAUUUUUUCUCGCAUGUUUUACUAAUUUCAUUUUCUCAAUUAGUUUUUUAUUUGUAAACUAUUUUAAAGUGACGCUUAUAUUAAUUUAGCAAUACACUGACGUAAAUGAUAAAAAAAUAUUACUCAUUCCGCCACUUAUUCGGUUUGUUGUGUUCGUGAUCAUUUGAAGUUGGGGGAAAAUUUGGCGACGCCGUGUCAACACAGCGACGCUAUGCUGCGACCGCACUUCAGCGUAGCAUAAAAACAAAAGAAAAGACGAGAAUUGCUCUUACUGGCGCUGGCUGCUCACCUCGCAUUUUCACACACACUCACGCAUACAAAGAAGGCGUUGUUUUGGUAAACAUUGCGCAUCAAAUUAAGCCAGGGCACCGCAACAUAAUUUAAGGCGGCCUAUUGGAUAAGAACGACCGCUCACCGCAACCACCCGUGCCCAGCCCUCCCCCCUGUAAAUGAAAGCAGAGCGAAACAACAGCAACAACAACAGAAACAGAACUAAACAACAAUAGCUGAGGUAAGGAGCAGAAGUCCUGGCGAUGCAAUUGAAAGCGCCAAAGAGCAGGAAUAUGGCCAGUCUGAAAGAUGAUGAAACGGCAGCGAACAAUCGACAAAGCAACAACAAUAACAACAACAACAAUAGCAAUGCUAGCACCAGCGGCAACAACAACAACAAUAAUAAUAACAAUAGCAACAAUAAUAAUAAUAAUAAUAAUAAUAAUAAUGAGGAUGCGGCAAGCAAACGAGAAUCGUUGGAGGCACGCAAACAGACGCUGGAACAGCGCCUGAGCGAGAAGAGCUGGCUGCUGCAGCAGAUCCAGAAACAGGAGACGGCAAUAAUGCAUGGCAAUUACGAGCACAUGACCCUCAAUGAGUUCUUCACCCAACUUGCACAGCAAUACAAACACGAGCAACAAUUGCAGGCACUGGCCAAGGACAAUAGCAACGCAUUGUUGCGACGCAAACAGAGCAGCAGCAGUCGUGGCGAGAUUCAGCCCGGUGGCAGUCAAAGCUAUAGCAAUAGUAGCAAUAGUAACAUUAACAAUAUUAACAACAACAAUAACAGCAACAGCAAUCGACACUCGGAGACGCAUUCGAAUCGCAGUUCCGAGUAUGAUAAUUAUCAGCCAGCUGGCUCCAACGGUGACAUGCUUGUCAUUGGCGUGGCACAGCAGCAAUCGCAGCAGCAUCCACAUGUGAAGAGCGCACUGAAGAAGCGUCCAACACCGACACCCACCAACGCCCAGUAUGCAGUACAGCGGCAACAACAGCAGCAGCCACAUGUCAUGCUGCAGCAACAUCAUCAUCAGCAACAUGCUGUCUAUUUGCAACAACAGCGCGCCCAGACGGAUGUCAUAUCGAUGUACUCGGCCAACUCAUCGAAUGUGGCCACGCUGAGGCAGCAGCAUGUGGCGCCACAGCAACCGCAACCAAUUAUUGUGCAAUGCGAUAAAUACUAUUUAUCGCCAACGCAUCAGAGCUACAACGAGGGUGGCUUCAUCAAAUCGAGUCAGAAUAUCAAGAAAUAUGUAUCGCCACUGGCGUCGCCGAGUGCUAUCAGCUAUGAGCAAUCGUCGCUGCAGCAUCAGCAGCAUCAGCGUCAACUCGAUGCCAUUUCUCUGGCGCCCAGCUACAUGUCCGUUGAAAUGGAGAGUGUGCAACACUCGCAGCAACACACGCAGCAACAGCAACAGCAGCAGCAAUAUCGCUGGCGUUCACAGUCUCAUAUUGCGGCACUGACACCGCCCCAUCCGCAUCAGAAUCAGAGCAUGACCGAGCCUAAGUCGCAUUCCAGCGAUAUGCUGGCGGCGCCACUGCCACGCUACGGCAGCAAACCCAAACCGCUCGAUGAAAUCUCGCUGUGCUCGGCCAGCGCCAGCGGCGUCACAACCACGACGAUUGAGAAGAAACUGAAGCCUAAGCAGUGGCUGGAAUCGUCGCUCGAUGGUCCGGCUGUUGUGCGUCAAAUCGAGUCGACUGCGCAUAGUCCCGUUAGUAGUGGCAGUGGCAGUGGCGCCGCCGCCGCCGCCAACAAGACGCCGCGUACAAAGCUCUCGUCGCAAUCGAUGUCGGUGUCGGGUCGUCAUUACUCCAUGUCCGCACAACGCAAUGCUCAUAAUUAUGGGCCAAGUGGGGGACAUACGGUUGCCGGCAGCUCAAAGGCACUGCUCGCCCAGCAUGCUGCGGAUGAGCGAUUUGGCAAGCUGAGUCAGUCCACCUCCUAUCUGAAUGCCAUGGAGCAGACGGUGGGCAUAUCGGCAUCGUAUCCACUCGAACCGCUCGACAUACCGCCAUUUAGAAAUCUGCCGCCCAAGCCCAACCAAAGCCAGCAGCCAACGCCGCCACCCAGGCCACCACCAGUGGGUGGCAAUAACAAUAAUAAUAAUAAUAUUAGUAGCAGCAAUAGUACGAACAGUAUUGGUGGCAAUGCGUUGAACAAUGCGUUGGUGUCGCCACCGCUGGCCGUUGUCACAGCCACAGCUGCCAGCCUGUCGCCCGAGAUACGCAUUGAGUCGCCCAAGAAUAUGACCAUUGUGCAGCAGGCCACAUUUCAGCCCUACAAGGAGGUGACCAAACCCUUCGAAAUGUCCGACUUCUACAAAUACUCAACAAAGUUCAAGCAGAAAGAGGCCGGUCGACCGGAAUGACAACAACUCCGCAUUGCCAACAUUUUAGUAUUAAUAUUGACCUUUGACUAAACCCAAUUAUGAUAUUUUUAACGUCGAUCGAUCAUAAAUAACUUUAUGCAACAUGAUGCGACACACAUCGAAUACUAAUCAAUAUUGAACUGAACUAAAAAAAAAACCCACCCACAACAAAUUGUAUAAUCGACUAAAUGCCUUAAUGAUCUGCCUUAAUUAAUCAAAAGUGUUGGAUUAUAUUUACUGAUAUUGCAUUUACAAAAACAAAAAAAAAAAACAAAAAAAAAACACUGAACUGAUGAGACGAUUUAUAAAAUACGGAUAGUAAUUGUUAAUGGU